CAAAUUAUAAUUGGCUAAUUUGCUAAAGCCAAUCAGCCAGAAAGUCUGGCCAGAAGUAUUUGAUGGUUGUCACACGUUGUAGGACAUAUCAAGUAUAAAAAAGAGGAAAUAAAUACAUUGGCUUUCAAAAUAAAAGCACAAUUGUUGUCAGAAAAUACAACAAAAAAAAAAAAAUGGGGGGAUUUUUUUCCACAGCCAAGGUGAUCAAUACAACAUAUUGUUUAUUUGACCAACAAUCUAAACUGCUCUAUUUAAAACAAUGUACAAUUACAUAACGCCCGAUAAAUUACUUUUACAAUUCAAUAACUUCUCAAAUUUAUUGAUUAAUAUUAAGACUACAAAUGAAUACAUUUUGAUAGCAUCAUCAGAAAUAUAUAAUUCACCAUGACAUGUAUGAGACAAAAGCAGCAGGUGUUUUUGCUUCAUCAAUAACAACAAAACUAAACACAGCUAUGAUCUUCCUAAUGGGUGGCAGACCGGAAGUUUUGGCGUGUAAACGUGGCUAACUUGACGGUGUUUGGGCGUUAUUAAAGCUGCAGCAGCCGCAGAAGGUGGAGGAGGACAGAGUGACAGCAUGACGUUAAACGGAGUGCCCCGCAGCAGGAUGACGGUGACGCCGGUGGAAGAGUUUCUGAAGAAGCCUCCGGUGGGUUUCUCCGUGGAGCUGCUCGGCUCCGGUUACCGAGUUCACAGCGACGCGGAGAAGAGCCUGGUGCUCAUUGACGACUUCGACUCCUGCAUGGGGAAGAUAGUUUUCCAGAACUCGUUGGGAAGGAAAGUUAAGAUGCAGAAUCUGUGGGAGUACACCAGCAUGAGGGAGAGUCUGCUGUCCAAGAGGAUCUAUCUGCUGGUGUGUGCCUGUGAGGAGAUCUGCUCAGCCAGCAACAAGAAGGCAGCCAGUGAAGUGAGAGUUCUGCAGCAGUACGUGGUGUCCAUCGAUGGCAACGAUCCUUUCAUCAGGUGGCAGAUGGUGAAAGGUCUGGACUGGACCAUCUCCUCUGUCGCUGGGGAAAGCUACAGGGUGGAUGUUGACUUGACUGAACCUCUGGAGAGCUGGGCAGAAAAAAACAUUCAUGUCCUAAGUGACAAACCGAUAAAAACCGUGUGGACUGACGCCUCCUUCACCUUGAAGUACUAUUCCGAUGCCCUUUUUGACUUCCCACACUGGUUUGGCUUCAGCAAAAGAAAAUUUAAGCUGAGAAUGACAUGAAGCAGCAGCGAAUGAAGAGUGGAGUUUAUCAGCUCUGUUUUCGAUGGCGUCUGCUUCCUCAAAGAAGUUUCUUGAUCAGCAGACGGAAGGCUGUACUACAACCUGACAGGUGGAGGACCA